AUGCCGCCAUCUGUCUCUCAGUUGGGUGCUGCUGUCUGCCAAGUGCACUGUAUUUUGUUAUUAUGUCAUGGACGUAUGCAGCCUUAUGAGAUAUUAAUUGAAGAUGCAUAUAACUCUAACUUCGACAUCGACAUCAGAGGCAUCCCGGACAUCGGCCAUCUCGCCCAUAAAAACUGCGCAGCGGUACUUGACUUUCUUCGGGCAAGGUAUAUGGAAGAUCUUAUCUAUACGACUGCAGAUCCCUUGCUAAUUGCAACGAAUCCCUUCAGAGAUUUACAAAAUACAGGGCCGCAAUGGAUCCAGAAAUAUCACGCGAGUACAUCACCAGAGCCACCGAAGGAGCCGCAUGUCUUCCAAAUCGCGCGCACGGCCCUAGAAAGACUUCACUCGUUCGACUCGAGUCAGACGAUAAUUGUCAGCGGCGAAUCAGGAGCCGGGAAGACUGAGGCAACAAAGCAACUCAUGGCCUUCCUCGCAUACGUGAAGAAUGAACGUAAAGGAAAUAUUCGAAUUCAAGAAGCCGUUAUGGCAGCAAACCCCAUCCUCGAGGCUUUUGGGAAUGCUAAGACGACACGAAAUAAUAACUCAAGUCGCUUCGGAAGAUUCAUGCAGCUCCAAGUUGGACCCGAAGGUGGAAUCCUUUACGGUUUCAUUCGCAAUUUUCUCCUGGAGAAAGUGCGAGUGACUCAGUUGGGGGUAGACGAGCGUUCAUACCACGUCUUCUACCAGUUGCUGAGUGGAGCAUCUACUUCCCUCAAGACCACAUUACACCUUCUACGCCCUGACGAGUAUGUCUAUUUGAAAGGUAGUGGAUGCUACCUCUGUCCAAACACGGACGACGCUGCCGACUUCCGCGUCGUGGGGCAAACGUUCGAGAAAAUGAACUUCCGGCCGGAUGAAGUCAACUCCAUCUGGUCUAUUCUUUCGGGUAUACUUCUGUUGGGGAAUGUCGAAUUCCAGAAAAAAGAGACGGAAGGCGUUCCAGACGCCGCCGACUUGACGCCAGAGAAAAAGGCACUCUUAUCGCAGUGCUGCGAGCUGCUCUUUAUUGACUCCAAAAUUGUCGAAAAGGAAUUUCUCUUCAACAUGCGUGUCAUUGGCAAUCAAGAAAUUCAAAGUCCGGUGUCAGUGUCUAAAGCACAAGUAAAUCGCGACUCUCUUGCGAAGGCGCUUUACGAAAAACUCUUUGACUGGAUUGUACUACGUCUUAAUCAGAGGAUACAACCCCCCCGAUGGUUUCAAAUCGUGAUAGGUUUGCUGGAUAUCUUUGGCUUCGAGGUCUUCCAGCAUAACUCUCUCGAACAGUUGCUUAUAAAUAUCACUAACGAAAAGCUCCAGAAGGCAUUCAUUCAGAUUGUAUUUUCUCGGGUAAGUGCU